GCUCGGAGUGUGCUGCGCGCAUGGGGGUGAAGGGGGGAGGCAACGAGCGGAGGUUGCGAAUCGUCCGGCGCUCGCGCGUCGGUGCGGCCGGAUGACUGUAGGCGGUUGAGGGUGUACCGAGGAAUGCAUGCCCGCUGACCGGAUCUGGUUGACUAUUCAUUGAUGUCAUCGCCUUUGGUCAUCGCUGGCGGGGGCAAAGUUGGGGUGCCUGGCGCUUUCGGGUCGAGGCUCGUGAGCGUCCUCGGGAGUCAGAGAGCCGAAGAAACAGACGAAAAGGCUUGCAGACAAAGGGAAAGGGUAGAGAAAGAGCUUUUCGUAGAGGAAAAGGCGCAGGGAGAUACGAUUUGGCGUCAGACCGCAAAAAUAGACUGCAGUCUGCGAGGGUCCUUCUUCAAAGUUCCAGCGUUUUUAUAUGGCUGGUGUAGGGCUGCAGUCAAGCUGCAAUGGUACAGAAGCUCGCCACCAAGAGGUAGAAGUCACCGCCAAGGACUUACCCCGCCUUUCAGACCGCACAAUGUCCGCACCUGUCCGUGGAUGAUGCGACUCCCGAGGUGCAUAAAGUGCAGCACAGCAGCGGGAAUACGAGUUACUCUUGAUGGGAUAGCCUCCAUAUGCAUUCCGGUCUUUGACCGGCAUCGAUGACUCGUUGUUGCGCCAUCUGCCAGGCAGCUUAGGGCAGCUUGUGGAAGUUGAACGCGAGUGACCGUGGGAAGACAAAAGCCCCGGGUGCUUUCCCGAUUUAGAAGGCAUUGUUGGAUUUCGGC